ACAACGGGCUCCGUGCACUCAGUCUCAACAGACGUGUUUCCCCAAAGAGCCUCAUGACAGCUGACUGCCUGCUUCAAGUCAGAGUGCAAUGAAGUCCUUCUGUGGAAAACGAUGGAAAGUCCUUGAAAUGGAGGUUGAAACCGUGUGUUUGUGUGUGUUUACUUGUUAAUUGCAUGCUUUUCACUAACAGAACACACAACACAAAUACAAAAUGAUGUUGACUGAGCAAUCUACAAAUUUCACCGGGAUAAUUUCGCCAUCACAUAAUCUGUUUGCUGUCUCCUUUUGUUUAUCCUUCUUGUUUGUAGGAAGAAUAAUGUUUACUUCAUUAACGAAUCCCAAGAAAACCCGCGUAUGACGCAGUGCUGCUCAGUGAUUCGUGAUCUCCUCCAUCAUGCUGGUCCGAGCGCUGCUCCAGACCUCGCUGGUUCUCUGGUUGGCUCAGCAAACUCUGCAAAGCGGAGUUAGACCUCAAACUGUAUCCUGGGGGAGAGGGCUGCCAGCUCGAGGUGUUGGCGUUGGAGUACGACCUGGAGUUGCCGCUGCCCUUGGAGCACUGGGGAGCCGAUAUGGCACCAAAGCAAUGAAGACUGGAAUUGGUCGUUAUCCAGCGGCUCACCUUGGUGCUGAAGGUUACAGAGCUCUCGGAUAUGGAGGUAGAGCCGGCAUGAGGCAAGGUGGAUACGGAGCCCAGGGAGCCUACGGAGCCCAGAGAGCCUACGGAGCCCAGGGAGGCUACGGAGCCCAGAGAGCCUACGGAGCCCAGGGAGCCUACGGUGCACAGUUGGGCAUGGGAAUGGGGACUGGACUUACAAAUGGACUGGGUCUUGGACAUGGAGGGAAACGUGUGUAUGGCGGUGAUCUCGGUACUCUACCAGGAUAUGGGGCCGGCAUGGGCUAUCAUGGAGCCAGACCAGGAAUUGGACUUGGGUAUCCCACUGGACAGAAGGCUAAGGAACACAAACCUGGUGUGUCCGCAGCAGAUUUGGGUGGACCUCAGCUGGCCAAUCUGGGCCAAGCUGUUCAAGAUCUGAAGAGCGUAAAGAGCAGAGCAUCUGGUCCCUCGUAUGGAGACAGAACUCUUGGAGCUGAAAUGCCCAACAUGAGGAGAGCACAAAGAGGAGACGGUUAUGAUCCUAUGGUCUUGGAAAGAAGCGGCGCAGCGAGCCACGGAGCCACACUGGCCGAACUAGGAGUCAGACAGCAGCUGCCUCUAGUCAGAGACCACGCCAGCCGUCCGGAUCCCUCUCGGGUCCAGAGUGCAAGAGACUACGAUUCAUCCAUCCAACAGAAUCAGCGAGGCCCGAACUGUGGAUCCACUCGGGAUUUGUCAGGAGCAAUGUGA